GCGGAGGAGGCGUGGCCAGGCAGCGCGGAGGGCCGCGGACCGCGGGCCGUGAGACGAAGCGCGGUGGGGCACGGGCGCAUGCGCUGUGUGCCACUGCCUCUCUCCCUGCUGCUGUGGGGUCGCCGGGCCGCGGGGCCCGUCUCGCUGCGGGGCCGCGGGGCCGCGCUGCAUUCUGGGAGGAGGCUCGGCCGCGCGGGGAGGCCGUCCGGCGGCGGCAGAAGGAGGCGGGACCCGGCGCAGACUACAAUGAGUGCACCAAAUAAAGCACUAGAACUACAGCUGCAAAUGAAGCAAAAUGCUGAAGAGCUGCAGGAUUUUAUGAGAGAAUUGGAGAGUUGGGAAAAAGAUAUUAAAGAAGUGGAUUCUGAACUAAGGAAACAGAGUGGUGUCCCAGAAGAGAAUUUGCCACCAAUUCGAAACAAGGCUUUUAAGAAAAAGAAGAAAAGCAAAAGUAAAGUCCCUUCAAAGAUAACCACUGAGGAAAACAAGAAAAACAAGAUCAAGUCUUACGAUUACGAAGCAUGGGGAAAACUUGAUGUGGAUAAAAUACUUGAAGAACUUGAUAAAGAAGAUAGUACUCAUGAUUCUGUAUCUCCAGAAUCAGACUCUGAAGAAGAUGGAAUUCGUAUAGAUGCAGAGAAGGCUCUUGCAGAGAAGGAAAAGGGUAAUAACUACUUUAAACAAGGGAACUUUGAUGAAGCUAUAAAAUGCUACACUAGAGGGAUGCAUUCUGAUCCAUACAAUCCAGUAUUGCCCACAAACAGAGCAUCGGCUUUUUAUAGAAUGAAAAAGUUUUCCGUUGCAGAAUCUGAUUGCAAUUUAGCACUUGCUUUAGAUAAAAAUUACACAAAGGCUUAUGCCAGAAGAGGAGCUGCUCGCUUUGCUUUGAAAAAUCUUCAAGGUGCUAAAGAAGAUUAUGAAAAAGUUUUAGAGCUGGAUGCAAACAACUUUGAAGCAAAAAAUGAACUGAAGAAAAUUGAUCAGGCUCUGUCAUCAAAACAAAGCUCAGAACAGAAAGACUUUGAAUAUGUGGUCAGACCAGAAUUAACAGACGAAGAGAAGCAGCGCGUUGAAGACCAGCAGCUCAAGCAGAAGGCUAUUACUGAAAAAGAUCUGGGUAAUGGUUAUUUCAAAGAAGGAAGGUAUGAGGCUGCAAUAGAAUGUUAUACACGUGGUAUAGCAGCAGAUGGCACCAAUGCGCUUCUGCCAGCUAACAGAGCCAUGGCCUAUCUAAAGAUUGAAAAAUAUGAAGAGGCAGAAAAUGACUGUACGCAAGCUCUGCUCUUAGAUGCCUCCUAUUCUAAAGCCUUUGCCAGAAGAGGAGCUGCCAGAGUUGCUCUUGGAAAGCUAAAAGAAGCUAUGCAAGAUUUUGAAGCUGUUCUGAAGUUGGAACCUGGAAAUAAACAAGCAAUAAAUGAACUCACUAAAAUAAGGAAUGAAUUAGCUGAGAAAGAACAGGGGACUCAUCAAGAAUAUCCUGCAGUGCUGAUAAAAGAAGCAGAAAUAAAAAAUAUAGUGAAACUGAUUGAUAAUCCAUUACACCUGAAAUCAACAAAGCCUUUGCGAAGAAUAGCCAUUGAAGAAAUUGAUGAUGACACACCAAAUAGUGAUUCACCCAGCACUACUUCUUUAGUCAAUAACUGGAGGAAUUCAAUGAGUGUUGAAACAACAGAGAAUCUAGAUCAGGAUGAUCAGUUGACUACAAUGGACAUUCCAAAAGCAAAGCACUUGAAAAUAGAAGAAAUCAGUGAUACAUCACCAUUACAGCUUCCUGCUAGAGUGAAAGGAAUUCCAUCAAUGUCGCAUCCAUCUUUUCCUGUGAAUGAACAGAGAGAAAAAGAAAUCAAAAGGUCAUUUAGAUCUGCUUCUCCAGUCCCUGCCAUUCCUGCAAAUUCUUUCCAGCUUGAGUCUGACUUCAGGAAGUUGAAAGACUGCCCGGAAAACAUGUACUUGUACCUGAAGCAAAUAGAGCCUUCACUUUAUCCAAAACUGUUCCAGAAAUCCUUGGAUCCAGACUUAUUUAACCAGAUACUGAAAAUUCUGCAUGAUUUCUACAUUGAGAAAGAGGAGCCAUCACUCAUCCUUGAAAUCCUCCAGAGGCUAUCUGAAUUAAAAAGAUUUGAUAUGGCAGUAAUGUUUAUGUCAGGCUCAGAGAAAAAAAUUACACAGGUAUUAUUCAAUCACGUGAACCACAUGGGAUUGAAAGAUACUUCUGUUGAACAAUUGGAGAAGAAAUAUGGCAUUUUCUCUUAGCGAGAUUACCUACGUGUAAAUUUCUGUUUCUGCACUUCUUUCAUGUGGAAAUCAGCGGAAGAAGCCUCUAGAGACUGGAAUUUUGUUGCUUUUGUAUAAGUAAUGAAACUCUUAAACUUGGUUUAGCCAAAUGGCAAGUGCCUGAAGAGAAAAUUAUCUAGUUCUGCAGGUACAUUUGCUUUCCAGCACCUGAAACAAUACAGAUCUACAUUGUCUUCAGUGGAAUCUAUUUGCCUAAAAAACAAUUUGGCAGAUUGGCAUUCAGGAUUGGGAUGUAGAUAGAUCUUUAUUAAAAGGAAAAAAAAUAUUUAUGAACGUGUCUUUGGUAAGAAUCAAAUGGUAUAUACUACAAAUGCGCAUGUUUUUUAUUUUAGAAAAUAAACUGAAUGUUGAAGAUACUUAAUUUUUACGGAAUUUUUUUUAAGGUUCCUAAAUCACUGUUCUCUAAGGAUGCACCACAUCAGAACAUGUAGUGUGCAAAGAGAACCUGAGGUAUGAUGGCCAAAAAAUUCCAGAAUUCUUUUACUUGAGUUUAGCCAAAAGCUGACAUUGAGCAUUGACAGCUGAUACAUUCCUGUGAACUUCAAUUGUAAUUGCAGAAUUAAAGUAUAGGGAAAAACACUUUUUGUCAUCUUUGGAGAGUACUUUUAAAAUAAUCUGAUGAAACUUACCCUUUGGGUCAGUCUUUCCUAACCAGGUAAAGCUCUUAAGGAGCAUCGGAAAGCUAAGCAGAAUACCUUUCUAGUAUGAAGAUGACAAAGGCAUGAAAUCUCCUGAAAUUCUUAGAUAAGAAAUAACAUGAGGCAUAAUAAAAUAGUCAUACUGUGCACAUGACCAGAAGAUGGAAAUAACAGCACAUGUCAAGUAUGUUGUAAGAUUUAACUGUAGUAUCCAAGUAGUGGCGUCUAAAAAUUUGCCUGUGUCUCUAGUCUUGACCACUAUCUCUUUUCAUCCUGCUGAUACUAAUACUCUGUCAGGUUGCUUUCAUCCUGAUUCAGCCCUUGUGCUUUACUGAUGCUUCUCUGACUGUGGAAGCCUUCUGACAUUAAUGCUUUUGUUUUGGUAGUUGUGCUCUUUUUCAGAGGAAUGAUUAAGCAGCUAUAGCUUUCAAACAGAAUUCAAACUUCCAAGAUGGAUGAAUAGGAAAAGGUAUGAAUGUUAUCUUCUGUGUAGUCAGUAUUACGAAACUAAUACUAAAAAACAUUUGCAGCUGUGUAAUGUCCUAGUUCAGAUAUAAUCUGGGUUUAAAAAAAAAAAAAGUAACUGAGCUACAUCCUUGGGCUGGGUAGCAACUGACAUGAAUGGAGCACUAGAUCCCUAAAGUAGCUUCCAACUAGCUCUGGAACUGAGCACUAGGAGAAUAGCCAGUGUUACUGGGAAAUGGAACAGAUUUUAUAUAACAGUGCUUGCGGCUUACGUACAAUAUGAACUGUUGUUACUAGGUGUGUCCAAGGUUACUUGAUAACUGUCUAUUUCUUCCCCUUGUUGUAAAGCCCUUCUGAUAAUGUAUCAGGGAUACUGCUGUAACUAAUAGAAGCUGAGGGGGGUGGGGAGUAGUUAUCGCAGUAAUUUUAUACACCUUUGUAGAUACAGCAUACUCUCUUAUGGACUGUGAAGAGUUGUUCAGCGUAGAGCAGAGGUGUACGCCUGAGUAGGUUAUACUAGUAGCUCAAAAGCUGCUUCUUGAAGGCCGUUGGAUGAAAAUAGGUGGUUGUAAUAUGGAUCCUUGACAGUAAAAGCAAGAUGAUAGCAGAGAGAUUUGAAAACUGUAGGCCAGGAAUCACCUGCAACUCCACUUCAUCCAGUCUGCUAUGCUUCUAAUGAAAAUAAGCUGCUAUAUUUGGUUUCUGCUCCCACUCCUACUUUUACAGAGAUUGCUCUUAAGCAUUUGUAUGCAAUAAGGAAGGCUGAUUAAAAGGAAGCUAUUGAAGCAUGUAGGAUUUGCUGGGGUGGAUGGGUGGACCUGCUUUACGUUGCUACUUAGGCACCAAGAUUUAUCUUACAAGUGGUAGUGUACUGUAGCCUUUUGUUUCCAUUUUUAAAUGCAACAUCCAACCAUGACUUGCGAAGUCCCUGAGGUUUCUUUUCAGUGUAUAGAAAACAAUGCAAGACAGAGCACAGAACAUGGGUGUUCAGAGAACUGCUAGCUUUACUUGCUCCAGGAGAUGGCAGUGUCUUUCCCUUCUAAAUUGCUAAAGAUUGGCAAAUCUCUGAAUUGAAGAAUUUAAUGAAACAUGGAGAAAAUUUGUAGAUCUGAAGUCAAGAAUUAUUUUGGGGGAGAUAAGAGGAUUUUUUAAUUGGGAGGGGGGUUCUGUUAUUUCUGUUGUGUCAGGAGAAAAAGUCUAAAGUAAACAGUGUGUGACAGUUAAACAGCGUGAAAUACUUCAUAGCCCUGUGCCUUUAUGACAUUCAAGGUGUGAAAAAUCUAAGAUCAUGUUUGUUGCAGUGACUGAUUCAAAAUUGACUUUUGAAUGAUUACUUAUCAGUACUGAAUGUUAUAUUUUUCUAGAGAACUUUUUAACUUGUCAAGAUAACUUUUUAAUUUGAAUAUUGUCCUCCAGUAGAUCCAGAAGACACCCAAACUCCAUAUUGUCUAUUGAUUUCAUCAUCUAGGUUGUUAGAAUAUCAAUGGAUCUGAUCCUAGGACAUAGUUCUGCAGAAUAUCCUUACAGCUUUCUGUUUUGACAGUAGACUGUGAUUUAUUUAUUUGUUUUCUUUCUCAUAACUCUAGCUAGUUCUGCGUUCAUCCAGUAAUAGUUUCAUCUGAGCUGUGUUUUUCUGUCUUGCUUAUAAGAAUGUCCUGUAAUAGUCAGACAUCACAAUAAAGGUACUUUGUCUACUGCUUUUUCAUUACACUGCUGUGGAAGAAAGGAGUUUAACAUGGCCAAGAAAAAGCUAACUUGUGUCAGUUACUGUGGAAAGCAUAAGUGAGUAUAGUUUGAGUACUUGUUCCAAAAUAUUUUUUAGAAUUAAAAAUUAAAUGGUCUUGACUCUAGUCAGGAAGUUUUUGCUGCUUUUCUUCUUCCCUGCCUUUCUGUUUUAAAAAAAGGCAUUUCAGCUUGCCACUUCUCAAAUACAACUACUGCUACUGGUUUUGAGGUUACUUUUAAAACGUAUCUUAUUGAUAAACAUUAACACAUCAAUUUUUAACAUACCUUAUAGAGAAGUCUUUGGGGUCCAGAGAACCUGAGAACAUCUAACUUCAGGAAACUUACAUUCUAACCCAUUCUUUUCUUUUACUAGGCAGAGAUCUUUCUUUGUCAAUGAUGUGAGUACAAUUGCAUGUAGUUGCCAUCACUAGGGAAUACUGAAGUGAAAACAGCCAUCGAACAGUUAAUUGCUAAUGUCAUCAGCUGUCAGUUUUUCUUCCAUCUUGCAUAGCUAACACUUCCCUUUUUUUUUUUUUAAUGCAGGUGCACUUGCAGAGCAAUGUCAUCUUACUCUUGUCAACUGCUGCUUAACUUUGUUUUCCUCUUUUGGUUCUGAUACAGCCCCUGUGUUCUCUUGUUGCUUCUACUUAAUAAUUCUUAAGUAAUCUCUUCUAAUUUCCAUUACUUACAUCUCUUCUGAGAUCACUGUUGGUCAGGUUGGUCCUUUUUUACACUUGCUAUCCUUUUUCACAUUGGCAUAAUUUGAGCUUGUUAUCUUGAUAGCAUUUAUUUGGGAACUUCCAGGUCUCAUGUACCCUUUUCCUCCCACAAAAUCUUACUGAGCAGUGUUAGAACAGAGGAAGAAGUAGAAAGAAGGCUAAGUGCAUGAAGCUUUCAAAGUGGCAUUUAGGUGCUGUGAUGUCUAGGCAGCUUGAGAUUGCUCUGCCAUCAGUAUUAGAAACUAAGAAUUUGGGGUGUACAUCCGCUUUUCUCUCCUCCACCUAUGUCCCAUCUGAUGGCAACUGUAACAAACAGCAAUGAAGGAGGCUAUGCCAGUCUUCUGCCAGUGAAGGUUUUUUUUUUCUUUCAGUAAAUUAGUGCUUUUCUAGGAACAGCAAGAAGGGCCUUAAUAAAAACAUAGGGCUGCAUAUUUGUUGAUUCUCACUUCUCCCCAGAUUCACCCUGUAGUUUUCCUCUUGUAGCAGCUGUCAAUCACACUAUUAUUUCUCUGAUCUUAUGGAACCAAUGGUGUUCUGAACUGCAUUGUAUCACUGCUGCCUUUGCAUGAUUCUUUCGUAACUUCCUUAAUGUGUCUUUCUCAGAGUUAUGUUAUUCAGAGAACAAAAUUACCCCUCAAAAUGUUUUAUUAUUGAUUAUCCUUGAGGGAGCAGGAAACUAGCCUGACUUCUCGGGAACACAUCCUAAGUUUGAAUCUAGUCUUUGUUUAAUAUCAGCAGGUGCAAGUCUGCCAUAGGAACUGGAAUUGCAUUAAUGAUUAAUCUGACCUUAUCUGCUUUGCUGGUUAGGCUUAGGGAAAAUAUGACUUUUGGAAUAAAAUGUGAAAUUGUGUAUUUCACUGUUGUCACAUCUCUUAAGUAUGCAAUUCAGCCUGAUUGCAGCAGUGAAGUUGUGUGGAUUUUAUGCAUCUGUCUGUUCCUUUUUCUUUGUACUAUUUCACGUAAACCAUUUGUAUCAGACCUUUCUCAUUACAUCUGUCACCAUGUGCCGAUUCUCUCUCUCUGAAUUUGAGUCUUCCGUUUCACAGUGCCCUUUCUGUUUUCCCUCAGGUUCAAAACAUUGCAUUCUCUACUGCCUUCCCUCUCCUGUCAUUAGCUGCAAGCAGCUUAGCCUCUAAAAGUGUCAUUUGAAGGCUCCUUUUAGUUUUCUAAAAAUUUCUGCUCAAGGCUCUUUGUUUCUGAAAGCUCCUUUCAACAGCUCUGCUUCUUAAGGCUCCAUUUUGUAGGAAUAUUCCUCUCUAGUGUCUGGCUUUAUAAACUGAAGCAAGUACAGCAUAGAAACCAAGGGAAUUCCUUUUUGUAUUUUUUUUCUUCCUUCCUGUUCAAGUGGCUGCUGAGUUCAGUUGUGGUUGGAUACACAGGAAUAUUUUGCUUUCUUAACAGUAGCAGAAAGUAGUGUUUGCUUUCCAGACUUCAUCUUCAAACUUCCAACCUUCUGAUCUUUCUUCUGAUAGCUGUUACAUUACUAAAGUUUAAGGUGGCAAGGUAGAAGAUAAAUUUGAUUCCUUAUUCCUUUAUGCCAAAUAAGUCUACCUGCAUUUUAAAGGAAGAAGUGCAAUUAGGCACAAAUACUGAUUACCGUAAACAACUAGGUAUACAAAAGUUUUGCUUGUCCUGAUGCGAUAGGGCAGGUUAGUGUUCUGUAUAAACUAUUACAUUAAAAUCCUUUGUGGCUACAUCCUUUGAUGGGAGCUACAUCCUUUGAUGGGAGCUGAGCAGUAGAUCAGAGUCUAAGUGAGGAAACCCACAAGAAAACCCAAACAAUCAAAAACCAAACUAAAAAACCCCAGAUUUUUUUGCUUUUAUAUGUAUUCCAGUGAGCUGGUUUUGGUUGGGAUAGAGUUAAUUUUCUUUAUAGUAGCUAGUACAAGGCUGUGGUUUGGGUUUGUGCUGGAAACAGCAUUGAUAACACAGGGAUGUUUUAGUCACUGCUGAGCAGUGCUGACACAGAGCCAAGGCCUUUUCUGCUUCUCACCCCACCCCACCAGCGAGGAGGCUGGGGGUGCACAAGGAGUUGGGAGGGGACACAGCUGGGACAGCUGACCCCAACUGACCAAAGGGAUAUCCCAUACAAUAUGAUGUCAUGCUCAGCAUAUACAGCUGGGGGAAGGAGGAGGAAAGAGAGGACGUUCGGAGUGAUGGUAUGUAUCUCCCCAAGUCACCGUUACAUGUGAUGGAGCCCUGCUUUCCUGGAGAUGGCUGAACACCUGCCUGCCCAUGGGAAGUGGUGAAUGAAUUCCUUGUUUUGCUUUGCUUGUGUGUCCAGCUUUUGCUUUACCUGUUAGAUUGUCUUUAUCCCAAGCCACGAGUUUUCUCACCUUUACUCUUCUAAUUCUCUCCCCCAUCCCGCCAAGCGGGGGGGGGGGGGGGGGGGGGAGUGAGAGAGUGGCUGUGUGGGACUUAGUUGCCAGCUGGGGUUAAAGCAGGACACAGUAGUGACUGCUUGUACUUCAGGUUGCAAGGGCAUGUACUCAGAAGCAGCUUCCUCCCUAAAGAAUCAGCAGUCUAUACAAAUAUCAACAAAAAGCAGAGAAGGACAAAAUAGUUGAUUUGCCUGGCUGUGAUUGUGAUGGGAGAAUGGUAUCUGACUCCCCAAGUCGAAAUCGAGUGUCUUUCUGUCUACCAGGCUGAGUACUCAGUUUGACAAGUGGUUCUUGAACUUGAGUUAUAAUGAAUUGCUAUCACUUUUGGAAAAGUCAGGAACACUUUGCUGACUUCAGGGAAGUGUACUCCAGAGUCUUUGUUGGGAAGUGGAAAUGCUGCCAACUUUUUCUAAAAUAGCCUGAAGUUCAGAUUUUGAAAUAAGAAGUAAUGAGCUACUGCUGUCUGCUGAAGCCUGUGAGUAACACCAUGUAGCACGUGAGCCUUGAGGACACCAAUUUGGUCCUUGGUAUUAAGAUUUCUUUGCAUUUUGUGAUUGGAUUCUGGUGGUUGUGAAAAUUAGCGAGGCUAUUAUAGGGUUGCAUAUUAAAUGCAAUAUUUAAGUGAAAAUGUGUGUGUGUUUUCAACAGAUGGGUAAAAACAUUUUAGGGGAUAUUUUCUGUACAAUCUGUAACAAAGAAAGGACAUGAAAUAAAUGCUUAAGAAUUUGC